AUGACAGAACUCAGCACGGACCGCAGGUUUCACAGUCUGACCCGGGAGCAAGUGCAGACCUUGGACCAGGUCCUGACUGAGGUCAUUCCUAUUCAUGGGCGGGGUAACUUUCCGACCCUGGAGGUGAAGCCCAAAGACAUCAUCCACAUGGUGAGAGACAAGCUGAUGGAGAAGGGUAUCAAGGUACGCGACGUGCGUCUCAAUGGUUCUACUGCCAGUCAUGUGCUUGUCAAGGAGAAUGGCACCAGCUACAAAGAUCUGGACAUUAUAUUUGGGGUUGAGCUGCCUAAGCAGGAGGACUUUCAGAUAAUCAAGGAGGUUGUGCUACACUGCCUCCUGGACUUCUUGCCCAGAGGCGUCAACAAAGACAAGAUCACUGCCCUCACUAUGAAGGAGGCCUACGUUCAGAAGAUGGUCAAGGUCUUCACUGAACAUGACCGCUGGAGCCUCAUCUCCCUGUCCAACAACAGUGGCAAGAACGUGGAGCUUAAGUUUGUCAACUCCUUGCGGCGGCAGUUUGAGUUCAGUGUGGACUCCUUCCAGAUCAUCCUGGACCGCAUGCUGGAGUCCUACCUGGAGGCUGAGAGGAGACAGGGGUCUCAACAUAAGAGGCUGGGGGACGCAGUGGUGGCAGAGAGCAUGUACGGAGAUUUUGAGCAGGCUAUGGACCACCUACGGUACCGGCUGAUCGCCACACGCAACCCAGAGGAGAUUAGAGGAGGGGGGUUGCUCAAGUACAGCAACCUUCUUGUACGGGAGUUCAAGCCAGCCAGCGAGACAGAGAUAAAGACGCUGGAGCGCUACAUGUGCUCACGGUUCUUCAUCGACUUCCCCGACGUCAAUGAGCAGCAGCGCAAGAUUGAGUCCUACCUGCGCAACCACUUCAUUGGCGAGGAGAAAAGCAAGUAUGACUACCUGAUGACUCUCAGGAGGGUCGUUAAUGAGAGCACAGUCUGCCUGAUGGGACACGAGCGCAGGCAGACCCUCAACAUGAUCACUGUCCUGGCCCUCAAGGUGCUGGGUGAACAGAACAUAAUCCCCAACACCACCAAUGUUACCUGCUACUACCAGCCAGCUCCCUAUAUGGCCGACCACAGCUUCAACAACUAUUACAUUGCCCAUGGGCAGCCUCCACUCUUUUACCAGCCUUACCCUCUGCACAUCCACAUGCAGACUGGUCUGGUGUAGUACAGGGUGAAAGCAGGAGGCCACUGCGAGGAUUAGCAAUGCCGAUCUGUGACAAAACAGCCACCGUGACCAUAAUAAUUAAACCAAUGAGCAAACAAAAUAACAUCUAAUUAAUCAGCGUGAGAAAAGAAAAUAAAACAUCAGUCCAAAUACCAAACAAAAGAAUCGCUCACAUAAUGUGCACAAGCGCUGAAGUCAUUUGGGGCUGAUCAUCGGGGCUUUUACUGCCAAAAGGAUUAAAUGUCACCAUCUCAGAAUAAUGGAAGCAGCGGCUGAAAGUGCCGGUUUAUGCCGCACACAAAAGCGAAGCUGUUGAUAAUUUGGAAUCACAAUAGAGUUAACAGGUUAAACUAAAAAACAAAGCAGUUCUGCCAAUUACUGUCAGCUGUAGGCAGCAUGCGCACUUGACCAAGUGGCGGUGAGCCCCAGUAGCCUGCGGACCGAGCCGAAAGCUGAGAGCCGCUAUGAUAAAUGAGGUCUAGAGUGAACUUUCCUCAUAGGGUAACUCCAGCAACACUGGGGCAAGACCUUUGGUGUAACAGAAGGUCCACUGAAUUUAAAACAAUUAUUAUUUGCAUUUAAUCACCUCAGAUCCUUAGAGAAACUGUAGGGGAAUUGGGGGAAAGGAGCUGUGGCAAUUUUAAUUCAUGUUUGCUUUAGUCAGUUGUUCCUUGAAGUGUCAAGUCCAAAUGACAGCAUUUUUUAAAAGAUCAGGUUGUUCCAAAUGUCAAGAGACCGUUAUUUCUGUCAGGGUUUUUGUUUAAAUUCUGCCAGAUAAUUUAAUGUAAAGAAAGCUAUAGAAAAUAUGAUGACAUACCAAUUACUAUUCCAUCAGACAUUUUGUGCAAGGAUAUACAAAGCAACAUCAAACAUAGGUCUAUUUCAAACAAAGGAAGAGUUGGACCCACACAUUGUUGUGCAGUGGCAUGUCUGAUCUAUAUCUAUCUUGCAGAAGUCCAGGAACAUACAAAUGAAAUAAUGAAAUCAUGACAACAGGUCUUUCUGUGGUAAGGACGUUAAUAAAGGAAGUUAGUAAAUUGUUGAAAUCUGUUGAAUAGGAUUUGUUAAUUUCUUAGGAAUUACAUAUAAUUACUGAGAAAAUAUGUGAAAGAACAAAGAACUUAUAUUAACAAAUUAUGUUUUAGUCUUGGGAGAAAUGACCCAUAAGUAACUUACACACUUGAUCUUUUCCAUUAUCCUGUCUGUGGACACACUGUGCUAGAUAUGGAAGACUGGCUAUUAGGCUGAAACUUGAAGUAAGUAGGCAUCUCAGAUUGGAGCACCUGGGCCAGGUUCAUUUUUAAAUCUUCCUAAUAUAUGUCAGUUAAUUGUUAUAUUUAACAUGUCUUAAAUUAAAGAAGUGAUGGUUUUAAAUGUAAUACUUGUCCAGUAUGCCCACUAUACAUUGGGAUGCAUCUGCUUGACAGUCAUUACCCUUUACAAUUUUUUGAAGAAAAAUGUUUACUGCCAAAUUCUUUUUGCUUUCUUUCUGAAGGACUGUAGGCAGACAUGUGAUGAACUUGCAAAAAAAAUUAAUAAUUGUGAAAAUGAAUUUAAUGAAUUGUGUAGGUGUCUUUUGUGUAUCUAUGAUGCACAGUGUCGGGAUUAUAUAAUAACAAGUAAUAACCAGCCAGGAAUUAAUAUAACCUAUGACGCAUUUUUCAGCCUCAAAGGACACCAACUGAUGUCAGUAAGAAGAAAGGUCUAAAGAAAUAUGUACUCCCCAUCAGGGAUGAUAGGAGAAAAUAAGGAAUGCCCAUACUGCCCACCCCUAUAUAAAAGGAUAAUACUUUACUUUCACACAACAAGCUGUGCCAAACACACGCACACACAUAAGCACACACACACGCAUACCUGUCUGCACAAACACACAUGCAUGCACACACUCACGUUUACACAAACAAACACAAUGCUGGAAAAAGAGGGAGACAGAUACUUUGUUAAGUGCAAUACAGAAAAUUAUACGAAAUGUGUAUAUCUUAUAUGUUCGAUCCUGCAGUUGUGUUGAUUUUUUCAGGGGAUUGUCCCGAGUUGCUGCUGUAGAGACUGGUUAUAAAAAAAAUCUGAUUUCCCUUGGUUGUUGUAACACUGUCAGUACUUUGUUAUGUGAAGUAUUUGCUUUUGACAUUAUUUUGUAGGCUUAUCUUCAAGUCUCUCUGUUCAUGUACUGUUUGUUUAGUUCAUUGAAGCUAUUAGACUGGCCUCAUUGCCAGAAGACUGAUUGGCGCUGUGCUGUGGGUCCAGGAUUUCCUGGGCCUGCGUCUGACAUGACCUGUCAGAAUGAACACUUUGGAAAGAGAGCUACCACCAGUAUCACCCUGUCACAGCAGCUCUCGUCACAUAUAUUAUAGCAGGGCUGUCAAAUUACACUUCCUGGCUGGCCUUGAGUGUAAUUGUUUUACCUCUCAGUUCUGCUGACGUAACUGGGCAUUAGUUAAUUAGCCGUAUACCUAUUCAUCUGUGCAUUUCCCAAAAUGCAUUGCUGUAGAAUGAGUCUUAAGCCACAGAGGCACAGAUGUGAAGUAUUUUUUACACAUUAAAAUGAAGAAUUUAUUAAACUGUUAGCCGAGCGAGCAUACCUAAGGCCUUCCAGGAACUGUUUGACACCCUUGAACUGGACUGGAAAAAAGUGAAUCUGACCCUGUCUAGGACAGGCAACAGAAUUACUGAACACUGCAAUCACCCCAAACACAGCCAAAGAUGGGGUUUUGCAGGAACACUCACACAAGUGCCUAUAAAUGAUACUACAGCAGCAUGUCUGGGAAAUAUACACAGUUUAUCCAUGUAUUGAAUAUAUGGAUAUUUACUUGGGGUUACUUGUUUUUCACCUGUGUGUUAUAUGGUUGCCCUUCAUUAGUGCUGCUUGUUUUGAUGUUGAUUGUGUAAUAUUUUUUCAGUCUGUGCUUGGUUAUGGAAAUAUUAAAAUAAAAAACAACACUCCA